CUCCAGGGCCAGCAAAGACCAAUGACACCAUGUUGGACUGUGCAAAGCUGUUCUGCUGGACAUGCACGACACUUGCUCAUAGCUACGAUAUAUAUGACUUCAUUGGUACCAGCAAGCCAUCAUCCAAUGGCGGGUCUUACUCCAGCAAUGGCGGAGGCGGAGGGAGCUUGGGCAGCGGAGGUGGGAUGAUGAAUGGAGGCGCCCCACAGCUGGGUGGACUCUUCACGGGGGGAAUGCCAAAGCUUAAGCCAACUGGGCGGGGAAUUGGUGCACACAGUUCUUCUGGAGGCAGAAGUGCUCCCUUAUUACCUCCAGGGAGAAAACCAGCUCCCAGCAUUCCUGAUCAUGAUGUGUCUGGUGACUCAGAGCAGGCGACUGACAACAGUAGUAUACCACCUAGUCCUAAGCCCAGUAGUAAGAGUAGUCCAGCCCCACCUCCUCCCCCUGCAUCGAGAAAACCUAACUUUUCAAAUGAUCGGCAAGCAAGGGGACCCCUGCCGGAACCCCCCAACCCUGCCAAUAAGCCUUCAUCCCUAAAGCCUUCACCGCAGGAUGUGAUACCAACAUCAGCUCCUCCCAAAGCUGGUCAUCCAACCCUACCAAGUAAACCAAAUUUAGUGAUUAAACCAAGUGUUGGAAACAAGCCAGCGCCUCCUAAACCCCCUAGCUCAGUAAAACCUUUACUACCGCCUAAGUUACCUGUAGCACAGCCUAAUGGGAACACUCCAGUGAGUAGACCUGCAUCGAGGACAAGUAGCAUGAAGGAAUACAGAAGUACAAGUGAAAUGGAUUUCUCAGACCAUAAUGAGUAUUCUAAGGAAGACAUGUUAUCGCCAAGUAUGGCACGGACCCUGCCAGCUCAUCACCACAAGCAAGCUCCCGGUGGACCACCCUUUGGCCAUGGCUCCAAUCGCUCCGUGACAGUUGGCCGAGUGUCAGGCUCAAACAUUGUCAGAUCCAUGACACGGGCACCAGCAGAGCGACCGCCACCCCCACCCAGUAGACCAAGCGUACCCGCACCUCCGCCUCCAAACCAGCCACCUCCACCACCGCCUCACCGGCAAGGACCUCCUCCCCCACCCACUGCAAAGCCUGAGCCUCCAAGCAUAGCACCCCCUCCACCACCUCCAAAUAGAUUUCAGUCAGCGCGCCCUUCAGGUGGCGAUUUUGAAAGCAAAUUCCAGUUUCACGCGGCGCAUACUUUCCCCUUGCCCCUCGUGUACCAGAACUGCACCAAGACGUACCCCAGCAGGAAUGAUAUUCCUUUCUAUCUUCAUAGUUCAUAUUUACAACUACAAAGUGCCAAACCUGCCAGUCAGCGCCGCGCCCCACCUCCUCCUCCGGGACCUCACCCUUCAUCAGUUUCCAUAAGCAAUACAUCCUCACAGUCCUCAUUGCAUCGUUUCCCAACCAAUACCCACACUUCUCCUCCUCCACCUCCACCUCAUGCUCCUCUUCAUCUACAAGUUGGUGCAAAAAUGUAUGGAACAGAGGCUUCACACUGCUAGGAUAUGCUUGUCUUGUCAACAAUAUGGGCCAGUGUACUGCAAAGCCAUUCUGUCUGUGAAUUGUUGAAUGUCAUUCUUUUGUUUGAUGUUUUUUUAUUUUUGUCUGUCUAUUUUGUCUGGUGUCUUCUGACCUAUUCAAAAUACAAUUGACAUGAUUGGGAAAAUUAAUGAAUAUUUAUGAUGAUACAUUUGAAAUUAAAAAUGUGACAGAUGGGAGGUUUGCUUCUCUGGGAUAUGUGAAUUAAUAAGCCAAAGCUAAUAGUAGUCCAAAAUGGAUAAGAACAUUAUAUGGUGAAGGGUUGAUUUUGUGCUGUACUGACAGUGGUAUUCCAUGUGAAGUUUCUGACAAGAAAGCCUGAUUCUCUAUUGUUGCAUUGAAUUUUUUAGGCCAAAUUUUCAUAAGAUAAAUGACUUGGAUCACACUGGCACUGUAUGUGUAACAAGAGAACUGCAAAAAGUGCCUUCUGUACAUUUUGUCUUCAGAAUUUUUCCACUUAAACAGUGUUUAGGACCCACUUGUUGAUAUUGACCACAUGUGAUUAAUGUGAUAAAAACACAACUGUUAGAUGGAAGGUAAUGGGGUUGCCAAUGUUCAGGUAGCAGGUGCAGAUAUUUGAAUAUAAACUGACCCCACUGCUAAGAGUGUGCAAUAUUUUCCGAGAGCAGAAUACCUUUAGCUGGAUAAUCAUCAGGGAAAGUAUCCAGAAAAGGGACUUCCUAAACCUUUUACCCGAGUGCCAAGCUUCAGGUUACUCCUGUCUAUUAUUGUAAAUAUUGUUGAUGUUCAUACAAAAUAUCUGCUCAUAUUUGGUAAGUCUUUGGAAUGUUAUGCCAAAAAAAAAAAAAAAAAGGAAAAAAAAAAGGUAGAUGAGUACAAGGUUAUCAAAAAGAAAAAAAAAGUUUUUAUUAGUAAGGUCUGGCUCCCACUAAUUUAUAUUUUAUGUAUAUUUUUUAUGAUUAUUAUUGGCAUUUACUAUUAUUAUUAUUAUUUUUAUUAUUAUUAUUAUUAUUUGUUUAGUUUUUACUUUUGUUUUAGUGCUACUAUUAUUAUGAUCAUAAUCAUUAUCAUUUGUCAUUUUCAGAAUCAUUCAUAACUGCAUUCAUCAUUGUCAUUACACGUAAUUAGUGGUAUUUUGGUAUCAUUUUCAUCUUCAAAAUUUAGAUCCUCGUAAAUUUGGUCAUCUGUAUUUUUUAGCAUUUUAUAUUAAAGCAAGUAAUCAAAUUAUCAUGUUAAUGUAAUUAGAGGAAAUAAAGUAAUCAUUGUGCCAUGAAGUGUGAUUUUGAAGAUAAGAUAGCAUGUAUGAAUAUUUUUAAUUUGCAUUAAUGAUAUUCAUGACUAACUUUAUUAAUUAUGAGUAUUUGGUUUAGAUCUAAUAAUUUUCUCAUGAGAUUGCUAAAGCCUUCAUAUAAUGAAAAUGUCUCCUUUAUUGCUACGGAAACCAAUUUUCUUUUAGUUAUCAUCUUAUAGAUAUUUGAAAAAUCUUCUCACAUUCCUUUUUAUUAUGCCAGGCAUUUAAGAUUUUUAUUUUUUAUUUUUUAUUUUUUAUUCAUUUAUUUUUUUGUUUACCUUAUUAUUAUUAUUAUUAUUAUUAUUAUUAUUAUUAUUAUUAUUAUUAUUAUCUUUUAUUUAUUUAUUUAUUUAUUUUUUUACCAGUUUAAUUUUUAUGCUUCUUAUUGAAUAUUUUUUGAGAUGAGCUCUGUGAUGUUCAGAACAUAUCAUAUCUUUUGGUAAUGCUGUGCUCACCAAUGAUCGUAAAAUGGAGGUUUAUGAUUUGGCAAGAUCAGCAUAGAGUGCUUGGCUGGUUGCAUGCUCUGUACACACCGUCCAUAACCAUUUUCUGCAAGGUGUUCCAGGCGCACCAGUGCCUUUCUUGCGUAGUAAGAGGACAACUACAUCAGUAUGUGGGAUGUCGCUUCUUGCUGCCUCAAGUUGGCCUGGAACUUCUUCACGAGCCACUCCCUCAUUGCAUGCACCAGUCUGCCUGCAGCGUUCCUUGGGGCUGCAUUCCCUGGUCUACCAAGUGAUCCCUAUGAGCAACAUUUAUGAUCCACAAUAGUGAUACUUCUCUUAUGUUCCCGACAGAUAUAUAAGUAUAGGAAGAUAUUAAAAAAAAAAAUUUGCCAUUUUAGAUAUAAGUUGAAUUUUGUUUGUACACUUCACUUAUUAUUAUCCUUGUUUGGAAUUGUAACCAUUAAUCCUCUUGUAUUUAUUAUAUAUCGACUCGUUUGUAACUGGAAGAUCUUGAGUUCCGCAGCUUUAUUUAGCCGACUCAUGUUUUUUUACACUCUAGUCGCACUCCUGGUGAUCGCUGCUGAGAGAUGAGCACUUUCCUAAAUGGCCAGUUGAAAUGUUAUGAUGAAGUUAUAAUGAGGAAGAAAUUAAUGUUUUUUUCUGAGUUGUAAUUCUCAUAAGAAGUUUUUUAUAUGCAAAUUGGGACAUCAUUUGCAACCAUGGAUUUUGUUCAUUCAUUUAACGAAGAAUAUGUAGUGCAUUAUACUGUAUGACAGUAUUAUAGGGGUUGUAUAAGAAAUAAGCAGUCUAUCUGUAGGGACUGUUUAAUUGAUUCAACAUUUUCACAAAUGUACACAACAUAAACUGUUCAGUGAAACCAUAUUUUAUUUUAAAAUAUUAAAUUUAAGGCCAAUUUGGUUGGUGUUCAUUUUUUGGAAGUGUGUGUGUGCGUGUGCGCGUGUGUGUGUGUUUGCGUGCGUGAAUACAAUUCUUUCCUCCUCUUCACAUUUGUUGCUUUAACUUUUUUUUUGUUCUUAGUACCUAUGGAAAUGUUGAUAUUUCAUUUUUUAUUGUCUCUUUGGCACACACAAAGUUUAAACUGAGGAUGAACACUGAGUAUGAUUUAUGCAUAUAAUGUAAAAAUGUCUUUGGUUGAUUAGUCACCUAAUUUGUGUAUAUAUAUAUUUACCUGUAGAUUAGUAUUUUAUUGAGUUUCAAAGCUGUUUACUUUAUACCCAGAACUUGGAAUUUAAUUAAAACUAAGUAUCAUCACAUAUGAAGUUUGAUACUAAACACCAUGGGUUAAUUUGGUAAUUUUUAUAUAUAUAUUUUUUAUUAUUAUUAUUUUAAAUUUUCUUGCAGUGUAUUGUAUAAGGAUUGAUUACAAGAUUUGAUUAACAUUGUGAACCAUUACGAACAGUUCAUGAUCAACCUAAGGAAAUAACAACUCUCUUUCAACUUACCAUUGCAGAAUACAGGGUUGGUAUGUACGAAAAAAUUAAAUAGGGGUGCCAAAGUAUUUUUGAUACUUUCCAGCUAAUUCAAAAUUUUGGUGUGUUGUGGAAUGCACACCUCACAGCCAUGUCAGUAACUGCUCACCAAUACUUGACACUCGUCAUGCACCACAUCUGUUUUGGAUGCAUGACAUUUCAGGGGAGUUUACCUAAAAAUAGGUUUGGAUUUUGAAGAGCUUUUAAUUACUUUUUUUUAAGUUUGCAUUUUGAGAUUUUAUGAUUAAGGGCACAUCAUUUUUACAAUUAUUGAGCAUGACAGCAACCAAAGACAUUAGAUGACAAUAUUGAAUUUAAUUAGAAAUGAGAAUAGUGUCAUAGAUAAGCUUUUUGUGAGCAGUUAUACUCAUUUGAAGGUCAGAAGAAAAUCCUUAAACAUGCAAAAAAGAUGGACAUGAGACUAGGAUAAAAUCAUUGUUACGAAGAGAAGAAAUGCUCACCCGUUUCAAGGGAAAGCCGGGUAAAUACCAGUAUAGGCAGAAGAAACCGGGUCAAGUUCCUGUCUGACCUCUGACCCCGAUUUCUAUAUUUCCAUCUCUACUUGCAGUCACACACAGGUAUUUUCACACACUGUAGAUAUUUACUUUUUUCUGUAAAGAUUAUUGUUCCCUUAUCUUGAUUAUCUAGUCUUACCUUUUACAUGAUAUUGUAUGAAGAAAAUUGAAUCCUCUGAUGUGAAUUAUAAUUUUUUUUUCUUUUUUUGCUAUAAUGCUUUACAGUAAAUGUGGUUUAUUUAAAAAUCAGGUUAAUUUAUCAUACAUUCAUCCUAUAGUAUUUGUAAUACAAUUUCAAUAACUUCUAUUUUGCCAGAUCAAAAAUGUAAAUAAUUGUGUAUAUAUUGCCUCUGGGUGUAGGUAAGAGCAUCCAUAUAUUAAAAAGUGUUAUUAUUGUGCUAUAUUCAUAAAUACAAUACUAAAUAAUCCA